AUGGAAGACAGACAUCAAUCAUUCCAUGAUGAUGGGCCAAGCCAGUGCAAACGAGCAAGAGGAAUGGGCAUGUAUCAGCGCAAGAGAGCCCUAGCGGCGUGCCUGCCAUGUCGCGCUCGAAAGACCAAGUGCGAUAACAUCAAGCCAACCUGUGGCUUUUGCACCAACCAUGGAGCUCAGUGUACUUAUGCUGAUACGACUACUGACCAUUCCUCCUUCGAUCCUGCUAGCCUGGCCAUUCUCGAGCGCUUGAACCACGUAGUGUCAUUACUGGAGACUCAAUCGUCCUCAUUUACGGCUGUUCAACAUGGCAACCAUAUCUCAAUUGAUGAUUCAACUGUUUCCCAAUCAGAUAUUCUUGUUCCAACAUCAUCUCAUGGUGCUAGCAAUUUGAUUGACCUGGAUAUCGACGACGAUCUACUUCUUGACAUUUCCGGGUUUCCUGCCACGGGCAGCAGUUGCGAGGCGAUCAUUAAAUGGCCGAUCUUCAGCAACGAUUCUUUACCCGAGGUCAAAUCAUUUGUAGUGGAUGCCCAGUACCAUGACUCGGUAAAUCCUGUUGCAUCUCGAACACGUGCAGCAACGCUAGGUAGGGGUAUCCAGGAAGAGGACUUCAUAUUACUCUCAAGACGAUUCUUGUCAUAUGUGCAUAUCAAAAAUCCCAUCCUUGACGUGCCUGAGUUCACUUGGCACGUAAAAAAUGCGGCAGAGACUGGGAUACGAUGGGAUGGUCCUUCAUGCCUUGUGGCCUGCGUGCAAUUACAAAAUCUUUUGUGGAUACAAGAAAAUCAUCAGUCCAGCUGUUUAGGGCAGACUUUGGAUGAAAAUCGGCGUUUGGGGCAGCGACUCUAUUGGUCGUGCAUGAAAACGGAAUCUGAAUUAAGGUGCGAAAUCUCGCUUCCACCUAGUGGCCUAAGUCGUUUCGGUGCUCAUUACGCGUUACCAUCACCACCCCCAGAGCUGGUAUCGCCGCUACCCCAUCCAGCAGUUGAAGAAGACAGUACGGAUUCAACUAGGAUUGUGUACCAGGAGGAGGAAAGGAGCUGGUUUUACUACCUUGCCGAAAUAUCGUUUCGUCGAAUGAUGAAUCGAGCUUUCGCCUCGCUUGGAGCUGAGGGAGAGGGAAGUUGGAUCAACAAGUUCGAGCAAAUUCUAGUUCGUCAUCAUGCAUUGGAGGAGCAAAUCGAUUUAUGGUCCUCGCACAUACCGCCGCAGAUUGACACAAAUGAGGGUGAUAAUCUCGAUAAUGAGCUGGCCCAUAUUGUACGAAACCGCGCCGUGGCGUGUCGGGAAUACAUCCAUCGUCCAUUUCUAUACUACGUAAUCCAUCAGCCAUUGGACGAUUUUUUCAUAGCACAAGCUAUGCCCUUGGCAAAGAAAUGUUUGGAUCUUUGCGUUCAGUGGCAGUCCAUGGCCCAGCCUUUACACCGUCAUCAUGGGACCUGGUACGUGGCUCGUACAUCGAUGACCCGAGCUUUAUUACUACUGGCAGCAGCGAGAAGUAAAAAAAUCGAAAUGCCGCAGAAUUGGAGUGAAGCAGUAGAUCUUGCGUUGCAGACUUUGCAAUAUUGGGCGAAAGAGGCCCCGGAUCUCGAAAAGGCUGCUUCUUAUUUACGAAUUUUGAUGGACAAUCUGGGGGAACAGUGA